AAGAAGAACGACUUCGGCGAGAAGCAUUGCCCAACAGCCUUGCACGAGCAGCGAAUUUAGAAGAAUCCAAGGCACGAUCGGCAGCGGAAGCGAAGAGGUGGCUCCCACUAUUUACCGUAACUACGAGUCAAAUGAACCGCGAACAGCCGGAAAAUUUAACAGAGGAGCGGUGGGUUGUAAAUUUCCAAGUUGCUCCAGUACUUGGUAUCAAGGAUUUGGAACUUUCGCAAUGUAAUUCCAUCGCCCCUUUUCCCCGCUCUGUUCCCAGUAUUUUUGCUGACACCCGAAUAGUCACAGCCUGGGAGAAGCGGUCCUUAACUGACAGACAACGGACCUGUAUCUGGCGUGUGGCUCGCCGCAUGCUCGCUGAAUCGGAUGAACCAACGCCUCUUAACUCUUCUAUUCAGGGCCUAGCAAAAUUGGACGCAGCGACCGCUGCUAAAUUUUUCGAUAUGAAGCAUGUCUUCUGGAUUAAGCUCUCCGAUUUCAUAGAUAUUGUUCCUCGCUACCCACAUCUUCGGGACGUUCCUGUUACUACUCUGCCAGUCUGCCUUGAAUAUUUGGAUGGUCCCAAUGGACCUAUCUUUCCCGAGCGCAAGGUGACACGGCAGCGUCCUGAUAAUACCUUCCAGUCGCAACUGAACGAUGCACAGCCUCAGAGAAACUUCAAUAACUCGAUGGAAGCGGUUAUGCAUCAAAUGCCGCAGCAUGCACCAGCACUUCCCAAUGGUUUCAUUCACUAAAGGGCGUGCAGCUGGCUGAUCUUCUUUCUAUGUUAAUCUUCGUUCCUAUUCAGCUCGAAACUGGCUGACAUUACUUGGACCUCCCGCUGGAACUCGUUGAACGCCUUUUCUUCUUCGACUUCUCUUACGCUAAGCUAGCGUUCCUCCAUAUAUGCUCUCUUUCAUCGUCUACGACAUAUUUAACUUCUUACGCUGUACGAUAUGAGCUGCUCGGUGUUACGGUUUUUGGCUUUCUUUUGUCCGGUCCGGAUUUGCAGAGCAUUUGGCUGAAUCUUGUUCGAUUGGACUUUGCAGCUCGCUUAUUGUAUAUCAGAAAGGGUAAACCUUAAAAUAGAUAUUUAAAUGUGUG